AUGGUCAUCUGCUCCCUGCUGGUCUCCCUGCGUAUUUGUCUGGAGCGACACCCACCUCUGGUCACCUUCUUCUUCUGUCUCCUUUCGCUGGCCGUUGCCUUUGGCAGUUUUGCCGCUUACCUCCAGUCGCAUGAUGUUCCAAACCCUGAUGUCAAAGAGACCCAUGAAGACACCUCAACGCCACCUCCCUCUGCAGCUGCUGAAUUCCAUACGACAGUCUCUGUCCUGGUUGGCCUCACCUUUGAGCUCCAGAAUGGCACAGACCCUCCCAAUGGCACACACCUGGCGUUGACUGUCACCGGGAGAGAGCUGGGUCUCAAGGGCCCAGAUACCCAGGAGCCAAUCCACCUUGUGAUAGCCAUCAUGAAUUCACUAUCCCACGAGAGCUGCCUUAGUAUCAUUGCUCCCUCUUCCCUUCUCCCCAAGACCAGGAAGCCACCUGAAUGUGUGAUGCGGGAGCGAAGGGUGCAUCCAGAAGAGCCAGGCCUUUGUUACCAAUCGCAUUACCAGGAUGAUCCUGCUCUGUCCAGCAUGCUGGACCAGGCAGAUCGUGCCCUCUGCAGCCAGCGUCUCCUGCUCACCACUGCUUUCCUUCUCUGCCUCUGUGCCAUGCUGUGUUGCGUGGCUGGCGUGUGCUAUCCUGCCCCCAGAGACAAGCGGGGGCAAAUCUAG